CCAACGGGCGAUGUUGGUUAUUUGUCCCGCACAGACCGCUUAGAAUAAAAACGUGGAAGUGUUUUUUCAGACUGUUGCAGGACGAAAAGCAGCAGAGUGGAUAGCUCAUAGCGGUCAUGGCAAAGAAGUCAACUCCAGGCUGGUUUGGAGUUUUCCUCUCUACUACGACUGUAGCGAUUAUUGUCGGGGGUCGGGUCAGCGCCCAGCAUCAUUUGAGCCGCAUUCACCCACCCACCAGGACCUCUCAGCCUAUAGAGAUACCAAGGACAUACGUGAACCUGGAUAUGGUCAGACAGCUGCGUUUCAAGCCCACUAUUGGCGCGAUCCAGCUGUCAGUGGGCCAUGAGGCUAAGUUCAACUGCUCCAUUGACAUCCCCGAUGCCAGGCUGGAGCCCACCAUUGUCUGGGUGAAGAACGGUGAGGACCUGGCUUCAAAACAACAGCUGUUGAUCAACGAGCUUCAGACCAUCACAGAUGGGGUUACCACUCUCCUCUCUUCUGUCAGUAUUGAGCAGGUGCAGAGGGUGGAUGCUGGGGAAUACCGUUGCCGACUGAUUAUCGGCACCAACGUGGUGGAGUCUAAACCAAUCAUCAUUGAGGUGGAUGGUCUACCAACAUUUAGUCAGGAACCAGAAGACAAGAACGUCACAAGGAACACACCUUUCACUCUGUCAUGUGAAGCAGUGGGACCCCCAGACCCUGUUGAAAUCCGCUGGCUCCGUGAUGGAUCACCUGAUAGUGACUCUCAUAACUCUCCCAGCAGCUUCACUGUGUCAGGUGUGGACAAGUACACUCAGUUCAGCUGUGAGGCUCGCAACACGAAGGGUGUCAGCACCUCCAGAGAAGCAAAAAUCAACAUCAAAGUGCUUCCCAGUCCUGUGUCUAAUGUUACUGUGAUGGAGAGGCAAUCCAGUAAGUUGAUUUUGAGCUGGGUCCCGGGACAUGAUGGUUUCUCUCCACUCACCAAGUGCCACAUCAGGGUGAAAGAGGUGAGUAGGAGGAAAGGAGAGGUAACAACCACCAGAUUCAUCAAUGUCACAGUGCCGCCGUUCCAGUCUGAAGUCUCUGGGCUGCAGGCCAUGACGUGGUACAACAUGAGUGUUUCCUGCAGUAAUGAAGUGGGCACCUCUCCUGUCGUGAAAUGGAUCCAGAGCAACACUACAGAGGGAGUGCCAUCAGUUUAUCCCCGAAAUGUCACCGUACAACAGAAUGAGUCGUGGCUGGUGAUCAGAUGGAAGGCUCCUCCAGAUGAUAAGAUCAAUGGUAUCCUGCAGGGUUAUGAUGUCAUUGUCAGACACGGUGCACAAGUGAACAAGGUCCACAGUGACACCACCACAGCCUUUGUGCCAGUGCAGGAAUUCAACACAAGCUACAGUGUGGAGGUGGCCGCAUGCACACAGGCAGGGAGCGGCAUGGUCAGCCCACGAGUCUGGCUGUUUGUGCCAGAGGACAAAUUUGUCCCAUCCCCUUCAUCCAGCCCUGACACCGGGGUUCCAGAGUCUGUCUAUAUUGUACUGGGUGUGGUGUGCGGCUUCUGUCUUCUGCUGCUUAUCCUCUGGGGGGCUAUCUGUGUACAUAACAGGACUUCUGACUCUUGGUUUAGGCUGAUAUUUGGAGGUGAAGAAAAGCUGCAGCCGAUUGUGCAAUACAAACCCCAGAGAACCUACAAUCGAUCAGCCAUAGGAGUCACACUUGGGAACCUUGGUAUCAGUGAUGAACUCCAGGCUAAACUCCAGGAUGUGAUGGUCAUGAGGAGCUUGCUCUCCAUAGGAAAGAUUCUUGGAGAGGGUGAAUUUGGCUCUGUUGUGGAGGGACAUUUAAGACAACCAGAUGGGACAUCAGAAAAAGUUGCGGUGAAGACAAUGAAAUUGGAGAGCUUUUCUCAAAGGGAAAUAGAAGAGUUCCUGAAUGAGGCGGCCUGCAUGAAAGAUUUCAACCAUCCCAAUGUCAUCAAACUGCUUGGUGUGUGCCUGGAAGUGGGAUCAGAACAUUUUCCCAAGCCCAUGGUCAUCCUGCCGUUCAUGAAAUAUGGAGAUCUACACAGCUUCAUGCUGCGCUCUCGCCUGGGAGAGAGUCCAAUGUUCUUGCCCACUCAGACCCUCCUGAAGUUUAUGGUUGACAUUGCGAUGGGAAUGGAGUAUCUCAGCUGUCGUAACUUUCUGCAUCGUGACCUGGCUGCUCGUAAUUGCAUGCUGAGAGAUGACAUGACAGUGUGUGUAGCAGACUUUGGGUUAUCUAAGAAGAUCUACAGCGGCGAUUAUUACCGGCAGGGCAGAAUAGCCAAAAUGCCAGUAAAAUGGAUUGCGGUGGAGAGUCUCGCUGACAGAGUUUUUACUGUAAAGAGUGAUGUGUGGGCUUUUGGUGUUACCAUGUGGGAGAUUGCUACACGAGGAAUGACACCGUACCCUGGUGUCCAGAACCAUGAGAUUUAUGACUACCUUCUUGAAGGAAACAGACUGAAGCAGCCACCAAACUGUUUGGAUGAACUGUAUGAGAUCAUGUACAGCUGCUGGAGGGCUGAUCCUCUUGACCGACCCUUCUUUCCCCAACUGCGUGAAAUGUUGGAAAAACUCACAGAAAAGCUUCCAGAGUCCUGCAGCAAAGAUGAUAUCAUCUAUAUUAACACCAGCUUCCCUGAGGAGGACCCUGAUGGAGAAGCAGUGGCCGCAGAACAUCCUUUGUUCAGCUCCUCUCCAUCCUGCAGCCACCAGGCAGCGGAAAAUUCAAUAGUUACUGUGGACAUUCAUGGAAGCCAGGAGAAUGAAGAGGAUGAGGAUGAUGAUGAUCGUUAUGUGGUGGUGGUUUCCUCUGAUCCCUCUCUGAGAUCAGCAGCAAUGAACGUUCCUCUUUUGUCGAGCAAUGCUUUAAGUCGCACAAAUGGAAAUGUGGUUACCGAUGUGACAGGGAGGGAUCACAACUCCAGCGACACUUCUCUCCUGCUGUAAAAAUUGGUACCCAGCAGAUCAAGACUGUAAUAAAAAUGUCAUGCAGUGGUUCAUCAGUACUUAACAUUAUGCCUCGUAUGCCUCAUUGCACUGGGAGCACCUUGACAUUUCCCAAUGUGGACUAUCUGUAAUAUUAUCUUUGUACAUAAGCAUUUUGUGCUUUAUAUGGCCAGCCUUUGUGUCAGUGUUAUUCAUGUUGUUUAUGUGUGUCAACAUCAAACACGUUCAGGCACAUGUUCCUAUAAGCUUAAGAUACACUGAACUGUGAAAUUGUUUACUGAGUUGAAUGUGAUGUUGCUGUGUAAAUAUAGAAAUGUACAGAACAUUUAUGAAGUGAUCUUGUAUACUGUAAUGAUAAAUAAUUUAUAGACUG